UCGGGUGGCCCGGCCCCCACGGCGCGGCGCUGCAUAGCCCAGCCCAGCCCGCGCCGGCCUCCGCCGAGGGACCAUGGGCGAUGCGCUCCUCCCGGCGCGGGGGGCUGCGGCGCACGGGCGGCGUCGGAGGAGGUGAGAUCCUGUAAUCUGCAUCUCAGAAGACUUUGACAAUGUGGAAAGGAAGCUAGAUACAGUACAGAAAAAGUCUGCAUAAGUCACUUGAUAAGGAUGGAGCUGAAAUACAGACAUAUGUUGACUAAGGAGUCGGAAUAAGACCUGACUGCUCUGUGAUCUGCGUAUACUUGGACCAUGAACUUACUCUUAGGCUUUGUGCUUUAGGAACCUUUGUACUAACUGUGAGAAGCUGUUGGGAAUCAUGGCAUUCUCUCCAUGGAAGCUGUCCUCUCAGAAACUUGGCUUUUUUCUGGUGACUUUUGGUUUUAUUUGGGGAAUGAUGCUUCUGCAUUUCACUAUUCAGCAGCAAACACAACACGAAAGCAGUUCAGUCCUGCGUGAACAAAUUUUGGAUCUCAGCAAAAGAUACAUCAAAGCAUUAGCUGAAGAAAAUAAAAAUGUGGUUGAUGGACCUUAUGUUGGAACAGUGACAGCAUACGAUUUGAAGAAAACACUUGCAGUCUUGCUGGAUAAUAUCUUGCAGCGUAUUGGGAAACUGGAGUCCAAAGUGGAAAAUCUUGUACUUAAUGGAACAGGAGCAAACUCUACCAACAAUACUACCACUCCAGCUCCCAGCUUAGGAGCAGUCGAAAAGCUUAAUGUAGCAGAUCUCAUAAAUGGAGCCCAAGAACAGUGUGAAUUGCCUCCUAUGGAUGGUUUUCCUCACUGUGAAGGGAAAAUAAAGUGGAUGAAAGAUAUGUGGCGAUCGGAUCCCUGUUAUGCAAGUUAUGGUGUAGAUGGGUCCACAUGCUCCUUUUUUAUUUACCUCAGUGAGGUUGAAAAUUGGUGUCCUCGUUUACCUUGGAGAGCAAAAAAUCCUAAUGAAGAAACUGAUCAAAAGACAGUGGCUGAAAUUCGUAUCAACUUUGAUCCUCUCUACAAAAUGAUGUCGAGGCAUGAGGAAUUCAGAUGGAUGACGUUACGUAUCCGACGAAUGGCUGAUACCUGGAUCGAAGCAAUUAAAUCACUUGCAGAAAAACAAAAUUUGGAGAAUAGAAAACGAAAGAAGAUUCUUGUUCACCUUGGGCUUUUGACAAAAGAGUCCGGAUUCAAGAUUGCUGAGAAUGCGUUUAGUGGUGGCCCGCUUGGUGAAUUAGUCCAAUGGAGUGAUUUAAUUACAUCUCUCUACUUACUGGGCCAUGAUAUCAGGAUUUCAGCUUCACUAGCAGAGCUCAAGGAAAUUAUGAAGAAGGUUGUAGGUAACAGAUCUGGCUGCCCUACCCAGGGAGAUAAAGUUGUAGAACUCAUCUACAUUGAUAUAGUGGGACUCACUCAGUUUAAGAAAACACUUGGACCGUCAUGGGUGCAUUACCAGUGUAUGCUAAGAGUUCUGGAUUCCUUUGGAACUGAACCAGAAUUUAACCAUGCCCAUUAUGCUCAGUCUAAAGGGCACAAAACACCAUGGGGAAAGUGGAACCUUAAUCCCCAGCAGUUCUAUACAAUGUUCCCUCACACUCCAGAUAACAGCUUCCUUGGAUUUGUGGUAGAGCAGCAUUUGAAUUCCAGUGACAUUAAACACAUUAAUGACAUCAAAAGGCAGAAUCAAUCUCUCGUUUAUGGCAAAGUAGAUAAUUUCUGGAAGGACAAGAAGGCUUAUCUGGAUGUUAUUCACACCUAUAUGGAAGUCCAUGGAACUGUUCAUGGGACAAGCACGAUUUAUAUUCCUGGCUAUGUAAAAAACCAUGGUAUACUCAGUGGGCGGGAUCUGCAGUUUCUACUGAGAGAAACCAAGUUGUUUGUUGGUCUUGGAUUUCCCUAUGAAGGGCCUGCUCCUUUAGAGGCUAUUGCUAAUGGAUGUGCUUUUCUGAACUUAAGAUUUAAUCCACCAAAAAGUAGCAAAAACACAGAAUUUUUCAAAGGCAAGCCAACACUCCGAGAGCUAACAUCUCAGCAUCCCUAUGCUGAAGUUUACAUUGGGAAGCCCCACGUUUGGACUGUAGACAUCCAUGAUCUUUCUGAAGUGGAGAAGGCUGUCAAAUCAAUUUUGAAUCAAAAGAUUGACCCUUAUUUGCCCUAUGAAUUUACCUGCGAGGGAAUGCUUCAGAGGAUGAAUGCAUUUAUUGAAAGACAGGAUUUCUGUCAUGGGCAAGUGAUGUGGCCCCCACUAAGUGCCCUUCAAGUGAAAAUUGCUGAACCUGGAAAAUCCUGUAAACAAGUUUGUCAGGAAAGCCAGCUCAUUUGUGAGCCUUCCUUCUUCCAGCAUCUUAACAAGGACAAAGCUCUGCUUAAGCAUAACAUCGAAUGUCUCACCGUUGAGUCUGCAAAUGAUAUUGUGGUCCCCUCUUUUGAUGGAAGAAGGAAGCACUGUGUUUUCCAAGGUGACCUCUUACUGUUCAGCUGUGCUGGAUCCCACCCGACCCACAGAAGAAUCUGCCCAUGCAGGGACUACAUUAAGGGACAGGUUGCGCUUUGUAAAGACUGCCUAUAGCAGCAGCAGGGCUUCUUUUGAGUAUAGGACAAAAUGUAAGUAGUUUUGAGAGGAGCUACUUAUUAAUUCCUGCACUUCUGUCCAGGUUUUUUUGCUGCAGGCAGAGCUAUUAUUGCUGGGCAGAAUUAUCUACUGAGAGGAGGGAUUGAUAGCAAACAGCUAACUGAUCUUUUUUCCUAUAAGAACAUUUGCAGUGCAACUCUUCAAAUUGCUUCAUCUGUUUGCGAAGAGAAAUGAGUUUCGUGUUCUCCAGUGGUUUGAAGAUGACUGCACAGAAUAGUUUGUAGAAAACUCCCAGGCCCAUCAAACUUCUUUUUUGUUGUUUGGGUGAAGUGUUUUCUAUUUUUCGAUGAGUUUGAACAUCCCUGGUCAUGGUUAGCAAAAAGAUCUCAGCAUCAUUCCAAUAGAAAAUUGAAAAAAGUGUGCUGGGGGGUGGAGGGGGGGGAGGACUACAAUUUAUUAUAGAUGCACUGUUUUGGGUACUGCUUUGUCUUGAAUGGCUACAAAGUGGUUUACUUCACAAGAAUUUGGAAUCACAAGAUAGCUCUAUAUUCUGCAAUUGGGUUAUCUGGGCCCAGUCCUUUUUGUUCAAGUUUUGUAUACAAAGUAUUGUCUGCAUCACAGCUGCUGCACCAGAGCAGUCUGAACAGAAAGUACUAUGAGUGAGCAAGCAGGCAGUGUGUGACCCGACAGCCAACUUGGGUUGGGGCAUUCUUCAGUGUGGAAAAGCCUCAAAGACACGCUGCCUUUUUAGGGAUGGACUUGUCAGUUUACUGGUCCCAUUUAGAAAGUAAUCCUUGGAAUUUGCCCAUGCUUCUGUUGUAGUCUGUCUACUAGAAAUACUGUGUGAAGCAAAAAGUAUUCAGCAUCUUUGGAGCAAUAUUAUUGUUAGAGCCUCAGUUUGCUGCGCCUUCCAGUAGUUAAAGUGUUGCUGAAUGACAUAGAAAGGUUAAACUAAGCUAACUAUAAUUAUUGUAUGGUAGAAAUGUAAAAUGUCUUCAUAACUAGCUAGAUUUUUAAAGAGAAUUUUUUUCUGAAGAGCAAGAGGAGACAACUGCUAAGAAAAGUAUUGACUGAUCUUGUGGGUGCUUUGGUUGUUUUUCUCGUGGGGAGGGAAGGAGGGUUUUGGUGUUUUUUUAGGUUUUCUUUUCUGUUUUUUUUAACAGGCACACCAGUCAUAAAUUGAGAAAAUUGAAGAGUUUGAAUUCAAACUUCCUUUGAAGCAGCACAUUAAAUCUUUGACACCACUUUCUUUUUGUAGAGGUAACUAUGGUUCUUCUCAGCAGAAGGUGGCACGCUUGGCAGCACCAUUUGUAGACAGGAAACAAUUUGCUAAGGUCAGUGAGAAACCAGUCCGUGGUGUAUUUUGAAAGCAGUCAUAGUCAGCACUUUGGGACGUGAACGUGUUCUUUCUGUGUUGGAAAAAACUCCAUUAGCAUGAAGGGUUUUUUUCAUGAAAAUGACCAUUACUGAGUAGCCAUGAAAAGCAUAGAAACUUUUGUUUUCCCAUCUCUUGACCUACCAAAGACCAUUGGAGGGAACUGCUUUUUAAUCCUGGAUAAACUUUUAAAACAAGGGAGCCGAAAAUUGUUACAUUUCAAUGUGAAAACAGCAAAUUACUUUUUUCCAAUUGGUUUCCUGCCUCAGCACUCCUGAUGGUGUUACACUGUAACACUCCUUACUGCUGAGAACUCAGGACUGUAAUCCUGAGGCUGUUGGGCGGCCACAAGGCUGUGUGGGAAUGUUGAAGUUCCUGGGAUGCCAGGAAAAAUCUGCUGUAUCUUAGAGUAAUUUUCCAAAAGCAGAAUAACAGGGCCCUUUAAUGAGGCAAACAUUCUGUGUGAGGAAAAAAAACACAACUAGUAUGAGCAUUCUUACUCUUAGCAUAUCUCAGCAUUUGCUUCAGUCAACAGAAGCGUAGUUUGCAAUAGUUUUAAUACCCCAGCAGAGCUGGAGGAGGAUUCAAAAUGGGUCUGAGCAGAUGCAACAGUUCAUUUUGUGUUUAUAUCACCUAUUCCCCACAUAGCUGUGCAUAUUUAUGCAACUGGAAAGCCCUGUAUAUUACUGGCAGUGUGUAUUUCUACCUGGUGCUGAAUGUGGGGGCAACAGCAGAGAUUUGUCUCUCCUAGUUCAGCCUGAGGUUCCUCAGGCAGGAUUUUAAUUCAGAAUGACAUAUCAGAGAAUUACAUCGGAAACAAAGAUGUGGAUGUGUGCACUUACAAAUGCAAAACACGUAGUUUUUGUUGCAGUGUAAUUCUUGCUGUAAAUACGUAUUUGCUUGACUCCCACCGCUGUAUGGUCCACAUGGCAUAUUGCAUUUUAUUUUGCCUCUAAGCUUUUAUAGAUGGGGAGGGUUUUGGUAUUUGUUAUUAUAAGAUUUUCUGGUCUAGUGCUUUGCUCAAUGGUAAGUCUGCAUUUACCACAGCAGGGAGAGUCUAUUAUAAGCUGUUUUUUUUUUCAUGCUGUAGCACUAUUUCUCUCUUAGCCUACUGAGCUGAAUUACCGCAUACUGGCAAAAGUGAAACAGCAAACACUGGUGCCGCUGGCAUUUCAGCCAGGGACAGGAUAUCUAAAUCCGGUUUCAGGAUCAUUUGGGUCUGAUUCUAUUUCCACUGAAAUCUAUAGAGAAUGAGUCCUUAAUCUUAAAGAAAAAAGAAUCAAGAGCUGUGGUCUCACAGGCCUGCGUUGUUAACUUAAAACACAGUAGCUGGACCUCUUCUUUCAGAAGUGUUACUUUUAUGAAAUACAGCUUCAAUCAAAUUUCUGUAGAAGAGAUCCUCUAAGAACUGUGAGUGAACAACCUGUAGUGUGCUGAUGUUUCACUCUCCAUCACAGAGCAGUGUUGCCCAUGCAUCAGUAAAUCAUGCAGGGCCCUUCUGCAGAUAAGCACUCAGGCAAAUCCAGGUGGGACUAUUACAAUUUUGAACAAUUUAGUAACGUGUAAAAAAUCCCCAUGUUAGAACAGAGGCCAGCCUUCUGUCCAAGUGUCAGAACUAUUUUCCUUCCUAGUGAAAGAGUAAAGGUGGAGUCACAAUAUUCCACUUGGGGUCCUUGAGGUGGGGCCAGGCCGCAGAGCUCAGUCCACCAGUAAGGCCUGCAGCUCCUUCUGCUCUGAAAUCAGGUUUUUGCAUGACUUGGCAGUGGAAUAUAUUGACCGGUGGUUGGUGGGGGAGGAAAUAUCAAAAGUUGCAUAGAAGAAGGUUUUACAAGCUUUUAAUCAUAACUCUCAUAUCAAGACAUUCUUUGUUUUAAAAUUUUGUAUUUUUGUAUGUGACCUAGUUUUUUCAAAAAAUGUUGUUCCUAUGAGAUUAGAAAACUUGAGAGAAGCAUUUACAUAUUUAUUAACAUAAAAUUAUGGCUUGCCUUUGAAAGGUAAAGUUGGUAAAUACACACUGUUUAAAAAUGCCAAUAAAAACCUCAUUUAUUUCA